GAUGCUUGCUUCGAAAGGCCUAAAGCUUGGACUGUCUGGAUCAGCUUCUCAGCAUACUGGGAAAUCUUCCUCUAAAGCCAGUACCUCAUCUGAUGGUCUCAAAUGCUUUCAUUGUGGCAAUACAAAUCAUACACGUGAAAACUGCUUCCAGUUGCAUGGGUACCCCGAUUGGUGGCACGAGCUUCAAGCCAGAAAAAAACGAGACGGUACGGCUAAAGGCGCGGGAAAGGCUGUUAUGGCAACAGCCGAACCUUAUCUCUCUCUCAUCCCGCCCACUGCCUCACCUAAAUCGGACUUCUCUCCUGCGGAUCCAGAUAUUCUCACCAAGGAGAUAAUUGGGCGUGGUACUAAGAGGGGGGAUUAUACUACAUGGAAGAUUUCGAUUUAGGUCGUGCGCAUCACGUGUCUUCUACACUUGGUUCCAAGGCUCGACAAAU